AUAAAUUAAAAUGUUUUCCCCUUUUAUUUUUAUUUUAUUUUUUGAAUAUUUUACAAAUUGAGCUAGUUGAGUGAGCUAUUCCAUAAACGAUAAGACUUUUAAAUGUCCAUCCUUAAAGGAGUGAACUGCAUCAAACAGCCAAAAGUGGGCAUCUCCUGAAGAGUUCCAGGGUGUUGCAGUAAAGGGAUGAUUGGUGUUGCCGGUCAAACCGUUAAGUCUUGUGGAAAGGACAAAUAUAAUUGGAAUUUCAAGAGAUCAUCCAGACAUGAAUGCAUGAUGAUUAACCUCUUUGUAUAUUUGCUUUCAUAAUUUCUCUAACGUUUCUCUCCCUAAUCACGAGAAAUGUACAAUCCAUUUUUUUUAGUUUUGGAUUUUCUUUCUCUUCUGUGACGUGAAUGGUGGUUACUGGUAGUAAAGGGUAUAAACUAAACGCAAACUUAAAACCAUCCAGCCUGGCUCAUUUCAUGUGCCUAAGCCCCUCUAUAAAUCUAAGCUGGAGUGCAUGCCUAGUGGUAGAAGCAUGGAGAGAAGGUCGAGGGACAAACAAAAAGAAGCUGCUGCAACAAUGUCCAAUGAAGAAGAUGAUGCUAGAGUCCAUAAAGACCAAGACGAUGCCAGACAAUACCGCUGUUUCAAGAAGUAUGAAGAAAUUGUCAAACAGGUUUUGCUGAUAGAUGAGAUGACUGACUCCAUGGACCACAGAGCCAGAUACCAAAGGCGUCGAAGGAACGCUACUACUACUACUACCUCCAUGCCGGAGCAAGGGAACAUUGAUGGUAUGCUUGUGCAGACAAUCACCAGGUUUCUCAAUGAGCUGAAUCCUAAUGCCAUUGGUUCGGAUCCAAAGCCAUCAAAUCAGUGAUUAAUUGUAUGCUUCAGUUGAACAUUAAGAUGGUGUAGCCUUUGCCUUUGUGUUUACUAAAGUACUCUCUCUAGUUACUUAAGAAAUAUUGUAGUCUGUGCCUGCACUUCAGGGGUAUGAUGAGAUCAUGAACAUUCACAUACAAUUAAUGUAUUGAGUAAAUAAU